AUGACUUCCCAGACAAAUCCAAUCUUCCCGGUUGGGGACCAUGAGGCUUUCAUGGAUUUCGCUCUCAUCCAGGCACAAAAGUCACCGCCCGGCGAGAACAAAUUCUGCGUCGGUGCUGUACUUGUCGAUGCCGAUAACGGCAAGGUCUUAUCAACAGGGUACUCGCUUGAAUAUCCGCGAGAUUACAAAGGAGAUCCAGGCACCACCCAUGCAGAGCAGUGUUGUUUUAUCAAGAUCGCCGACGAACACAACCUCCCUGAGGAACGCAUCCAUGAGGUUCUUCCGGUCAACACGGCCCUGUACACGACGAUGGAGCCAUGCAAUGAGAGACUUAGUGGUAACAUGACCUGCACAACCAGAAUCUUAAGACUCAAGAACGCCAUAAAGAAUGUCUACGUGGGAAUCAAAGAGCCAGGGACAUUUAUCGCGCACAAUGACGGGCAGGAGAGGCUAGAGGCGAGCGGUGUCAAGGUUGUGCACCCUGUUGAACAUUGGCGUGACAAGAUUACUAAGAUCUCCAUGAAUGGGCACUGA